CCUACGGCUGGUGGCCAGCUUUGCUCGUGGCAAGCUUCCGUUUCCGGCGGUGUCCAUGCGGGCCUGAGGAGUCGCAGCAGUUGUGAACGUGGUUAGAAAUUUUGUGAGUUGGUAAAUAGUCACUAUGGAGACUAAGGACCAGAAGAAGCACAGAAAGAAAAAUAGUGGGCCCAAAGCUGAGAAGAAAAAGAAACGGCAUCUGCAGGACCUCCAACUCGGAGAUGAAGAAGAUGCCCGGAAAAGAAACCCCAAAGCUUUUGCAGUUCAGUCUGCUGUCCGAAUGGCUCGAUCCUUUCACAGGACUCAGGAUUUGAAGACAAAAAAGCAUCACAUUCCAGUUGUUGAUCGAACUCCACUAGAACCCCCACCAAUAGUGGUAGUGGUUAUGGGACCCCCAAAAGUUGGAAAGAGCACCUUGAUACAGUGUCUCAUUCGGAACUUCACCAGACAGAAGCUGACAGAGAUCAGAGGCCCUGUAACAAUUGUUUCAGGUAAAAAGCGCAGACUCACUCUUAUUGAAUGUGGGUGUGACAUUAACAUGAUGAUUGAUCUGGCGAAAGUGGCAGACCUGGUGCUGAUGCUUAUAGAUGCCAGCUUUGGGUUCGAAAUGGAAACAUUUGAGUUUCUAAACAUCUGUCAAGUGCAUGGCUUUCCUAAAAUUAUGGGGGUUCUCACCCAUCUAGACUCCUUCAAGCAUAAUAAACAACUGAAGAAGACAAAGAAGCGACUAAAACACAGGUUCUGGACAGAAGUCUACCCGGGUGCCAAGCUAUUCUACCUUUCUGGAAUGGUACAUGGAGAAUAUCAAAACCAAGAGAUCCAUAAUCUGGGCCGUUUUAUUACAGUUAUGAAGUUUAGGCCUCUCACGUGGCAAACAUCACACCCUUAUAUUCUGGCAGACAGGAUGGAAGAUUUGACAAACCCAGAGGAUAUCCGAACAAACAUCAAGUGUGACCGAAAGGUUUCUCUUUAUGGUUACUUAAGAGGAGCACACUUGAAAAAUAAAAGCCAGAUUCACAUGCCAGGUGUAGGAGAUUUUGCUGUGAGUGAUGUCACUUUCCUCCCAGACCCAUGUGCUCUUCCUGAACAACAGAAGAAGCGCUGCUUAAAUGAGAAGGAGAAGCUGGUCUACGCACCUCUCUCUGGAGUUGGGGGUGUGCUGUAUGACAAGGAUGCUGUUUAUGUUGACCUUGGCGGCAGCCAUGGUUUACAGGCAUCGGAGGAGGUGAGACCCACCCACGAACUGGUGCAGAGUCUAAUCUCUACCCAUUCCACUAUUGAUGCCAAGAUGGCUUCAAGCAGAGUGACACUUUUUUCUGAUUCCAAACCCCUGGGUUCAGAGGAUAUAGACAACCAAGGUCCAUGGAUGCCAAAAGAGGAAAAGCAAAUGGAUUUGGAAACUGGCCGAGUACGUCGGAAGGCCAUUUUUGGAGAUAAAGAAGAUGAGUCUGGAGAGAGUGACAGUGAAGAUGAUGAAAUGUCUGAAGAUGAAAGUGUGGAAAAUGGUUCUAGUGGUGACGAAACAGAAGAGGAAGAAGAUCCCAAAACAACUAAUAAAGAGUGUAAGGCUGUGAAGGGCAUCAAACGGCAGAAACUGGAGGAGUUAGAAGAUGACAGUGAGGUGGAUCUGCCAGCAUUUGCUGAUAGUGAUGAUGACCUGGAGAGGAGCUCAGGGGAAGAAGGAGAGGCAGAGGAAGCUGAUGAAAGCAGUGAAGAGGAGGACUCCACUGAGGGAGGAGAGGGAGGUGUUUUAGAAUCCACAGCUGUUGGGGAAAGUGGUAAAGCAAAACUGACGCCGGCUUACCAUCAGCGUGAACAUUCGAAUCUGGACACAUCUUUGCAGAGGAAAAGAGUAGCUCUCGCCACUUCUGAUUCUGGUCAUUGCACAGCUGAAGAAGCAUUUGUGUCUGAAGAUGAAUCUGGAGAAAGCUCCUUGGUUACUUCAGAGGAGGAUGACUCAGGAAAUGAAGAGGGCAUUAGGGAAAAGAUUCAAAAGCCUUCCCAAGUGGGCAGUGGGCAGACACUGGAGUUAGAGAACUUAAUUGAUGAGACUAGUAAUAUAGAAGAUUUACUCAAAGAGGAAGAGGAUUACAAGGAAGAAAUUAACUAUUCCACAGAAACUUCAGGUGCCCUCAAGUGGAAAGAAGACCUUUCCAGGAAGGCAGCUGAGGCCUUUCUGAGGCAGCAACAAGCAGCUCCCAACCUACGAAAGCUUAUUUAUGGCACAGUGAUAGAGGAUAAUGAAGAUGAUGAUGAUAAUGCCCAAGAAGAGCUUGGAGGGUUGUUUCGGGUCAGCCAUCCUGACAGAGAGUGUAAAUUCAAGGCCGACUCCUUGGACUGCUCCAGAUUUCCUGUGGAGGCCCCCCAUGAUUGGGAUUUAGAGGAGGUUAUGAAUAGCAUCAGAGAUUGCUUCGUGACUGGGAAGUGGGAAGAUGAUAAAGAUGCAGCCAAGAUCUUAGCAGAAGAUGAGGAACUUUACGGUGACUUUGAAGACCUGGAAACAGGGGACGUGCACAAGGGAAAAUCAGACCUGGAUACUCAGGUAGAAAAUGUAGAGGAAGAAGUUAAGGAAGAAAUUGACCCCAGUACAGAAGAAAGUGCUAAAAAAAAGCAUUUGGAAAAGAAGAGAAAAUUGAAGGAGAUGUUUGAUGCAGAAUAUGAUGAAGGAGAAAGCACAUAUUUUGAUGAUCUUAAAGGAGAAAUGCAUAAACAAGCACAGCUUAACCGGGCAGAAUUUGAAGAUCAAGAUGAUGAAGCCAGAGUUCAGUAUGAGGGUUUUCGACCUGGGAUGUAUGUCCGAAUUGAAAUUGAAAACGUCCCCUGUGAAUUCGUGCAGAAUUUUGACCCUCACUACCCAGUUAUUCUCGGUGGUUUAGGCAAUAGUGAGGGCAAUGUCGGCUAUGUGCAGAUGCGCCUGAAGAAACAUCGUUGGUAUAAGAAAAUCCUCAAGUCCCGAGAUCCAAUAAUCUUUUCUGUAGGGUGGAGGAGGUUUCAGACCAUCCCACUCUAUUAUAUUGAAGACCACAAUGGAAGACAGAGGCUUCUAAAAUACACCCCACAACACAUGCAUUGUGGAGCAACCUUUUGGGGUCCUAUCACUCCACAGGGAACUGGAUUCUUGGCAGUACAAUCUGUCAGUGGCACAGUGCCUGAUUUCCGGAUAGCUGCCACAGGAGUUGUCCUUGAUCUGGAUAAAUCCAUAAAAAUUGUGAAGAAAUUAAAGCUAACUGGUUUUCCAUUUAAAAUUUUCAAGAAUACUUCAUUUAUUAAGGUUUGUGCUGUGAUUCGAACUGUUAGUGGAUUGAGGGGACAAAUCAAGAAGGCACUCCGGGCUCCAGAAGGAGCUUUCCGCGCCAGCUUUGAGGAUAAGUUGCUGAUGAGUGAUAUCGUCUUCAUGCGAACUUGGUAUCCUGUCUCCAUUCCAGCCUUCUAUAAUCCAGUAACAUCUUUAUUGAAGCCAUUGGGUGAGAAAGAUACCUGGUCAGGAAUGCGGACAACAGGUCAACUCAGACUCGCCCAUGGUAUCAGACUAAAAGCAAAUAAGGAUUCUCUAUAUAAGCCGAUCCUGAGGCAAAAGAAACAUUUUAAUUCGUUGCACAUUCCAAAAGCCUUGCAGAAGGCCCUGCCAUUUAAGAACAAACCCAAGAUCCAGGCAAAAGCAGGCAAGAUCCCAAAGGACAGGCGGAGACCAGCUGUCAUACGAGAGCCUCAUGAAAGAAAGAUCCUUGCACUGCUGGAUGCUCUGAGUACAGUGCACAGUCAGAAGAUGAAGAAGGCCAAGGAGCAGCGGCAUUUGCAGAAUAAAGAACACUUCAAAAUGAAGCAGAAGGAGGAGGAGGAAAAGCUAAAGCGACAAAAGGACCUCAGGAAGAAGCUCUUCCGCAUUCAAGGUCAAAAGGAAAAGCGAAAUCAGAAGUCCAGUCUGAAGGGGGCUGAAGAACAGUUGAAAUGAGUCUUCAGGGUGGAAGGACUCCUUUAGAUUUGCAGAUAUGGAUGCUUUCAAAUAUCAUAGUGCUUGUAAAUUGCAAGUCAGGACAGAACCCAAGAGAGACCUUUGUUAGAAACUUCACCCACAUUGCCUUCAGAACAAAUGGACAUGACCAUACUAGCAGGAUACGUAUUCAUUUUCAGAAUCUAGUGAUGUAGAGGCUUAAACUGAUAUAAUUUAUUGUCAUGUGGAUUCUCUCACUCUCUUUUUCCCUGCCUCAUUUGAAGUAUUUCUGUGACAAAAAUAUUAAACUAUUUUUCUGUUAA